UGAUUAUGCCCCUCCUCCAUUCGAAUCUGAACUCCGCCUUCUUGCUUAAACUCGCACUGUGGUUGGUUAGCAGUCAUGUCAGUCAAUGUUGAACUUCCGGGUGGAUCUUCGUUGCAAAACACACCAGUGUGUGAAGUGUGCAGUCACCGAGCUAAACCUGGAUAAAGUACCUUCAGGAAAAUGAUGCUAUCUGAAGUGCUGCAGGUGCUGCGUGGGGCAGGUAAAGUGGGAUCUGCCCUGGUCAACACACAGGGGGAACAGCUUCGGUUGAUGGCCUGCAACUCCUCAAUGGGAGCCGGGGUCAAAGCGGCUCAGGAUGUGGUGGAAGGACUGGUGGGCACCUUUAUGGGCGGCAGUGUGCAAAAACCAAUAACUGAGGACGUGUUUCCGGACGCUGAGGGAUGGGAGACUGUGGACCCUGAUGAAGCAGCCAAGUGGGCCGUGGGGUCCGAGUUUCCCCCUGACGCUGCGGAGCAAAGCCAGACAGAAGCUGCAGCAGAGAUGCCAACAGGAGUUCCUCCUUCUCCAGGUGGAGUUCCUGGUGGGGCAGGCUGGCCGGGACAAAGCGCUCGCUUCCUCCACACCAAGCCCAGCAUCCACCGGUACUACUUCCAGACCCGGUCUGUCCACGACACGGUGGUGGCCCGACUCAGCCCAGAGGAUAUCAAGAAAGCCAGGGAGGCAAAGAUGGCCCUGGCCAAACCCGUCAGACAGAAGCUGAGUGACCGGGCCAGAGAGAGGAAGGUUCCAGCCACAAGAAUCAGCAGGAUGGUUAAUUUUGGCGGACUGGCAGUAGGACUGGGAAUGGGCGCCAUUGCAGAAGUGGCAAAGCAGUCAUUUGGAGGAAAACAAAAAGGAGACGCCCUGUUGGACUCUCCUCUUUUGUCGGAGGCCAACGCUGAGAGAAUAGUGAACACACUCUGUAAAGUCCGUGGAGCUGCUCUGAAGAUCGGACAGAUGCUCAGCAUUCAAGACAACUCCUUCAUCAACCCCCAGCUGCAGAGGAUCUUUGAGAGGGUCCGGCAGAGCGCAGACUUCAUGCCCGCCUGGCAGAUGAAUAAAGUCCUGCAGGACGAUCUGGGUCCCAACUGGAGAGACAAGUUAUUGUCCUUCGAAGACAAACCGUUUGCUGCAGCCUCCAUCGGCCAGGUGCAUCAUGGGGUGUUGAAAGAUGGACGAGAAAUCGCCAUGAAGAUCCAGUACCCUGGAGUGGCAGAGAGUAUCCACAGUGACAUAAACAACCUGAUGUCGGUGCUGAAAAUGAGCGUGGUCCUGCCCGGAGGUCUGUUUGCAGACGACAGCUUAGAGGUUCUUCAGAGGGAGCUGGCAUGGGAGUGCGACUACAAGAGGGAAGCCGAGUGUGCCAAGAAGUUCAGGUCCAUGCUGGAGGGAAACGAUCUGUUCCAGGUCCCAGAGGUGAUCGAUGAGCUGUCGGGCCGCAGGGUGCUCGCCAUGGAGCUCGUCCAGGGAGUCCCUCUGGACCGCUGCGUGGACCUGGACCAGGAGACCAGGAACCAGAUCUGUUACAACAUCCUGCAGCUGUGUCUCAGGGAAGUGUUUGAGUUCAGGUUCAUGCAGACCGAUCCAAACUGGGCCAACUUCUUCUACAACUCGGACACCAACAAGGUUGUUCUGUUGGACUUCGGUGCGUGCAGAGGCUACCCAGAAUCCUUUGUAGACGACUACAUAGAGGUGGUGCACGCAGCGUCCGUGGGCGAUCGAGCCACCGUUCUCUCAAAAUCGAGGGAACUGAAAUUCCUGACAGGCUUCGAGGCCAAGGCCUUCGAGGAGGCCCACGUGGAGGCGGUGAUGAUCCUCGGGGAAGCCUUUGAGUCGGUGGAGCCGUUCGACUUCGGCAACCAGAGCACCACGCAGCGCAUCCAGAGCCUCAUCCCCGUCAUGCUGCGCCACCGCCUCACCCCCCCGCCCGAGGAGUCCUACUCCCUCCACCGCAAGAUGGCCGGCUCCUUCCUCAUCUGCUCCAAGCUGAAGGCACGCAUAUCGUGCAAGGACAUGUUCAUGGACGUGUACAAUGCCCACGCCCAGAGGAAGCUUGCGCAGCAGGAAGCGGCUCAGGCCGGCGCUCAGACGCUCAGCGCUGCGUAAAGACACCGGGGACGCUUCCAGAGAGACAAGACACUGCAUCAGACUAACUCCAGCCAAUGCAGCAUGUUGAUGUGUAACAUGCUCUAAUGAAGGGCCUUACAUGUGCUUCUCUCCUUUUUAAAAUACUACAUGUCACUGAGAAUCAGAGCGAGGGGCGUAAAGAACAUGUACCUUUCGCUGUAUCGCAACGAUGACGUUGAAUGUGUUGAUCGUGAUGGUGGAAGUUGUGCUACAACCAAUAUACGCUGAAACACAAAUGGUUAUAUAUCUGAUUAAAUCUGUAUAUUAAUCGAAGAAUU